AUGAGCCGCAUGUGUCCUGGAAAAAAGGACAAAGUUACAUUUAAAAAGGAGAUCUCUUGCGACAACUUGAAUGAAGAAUGUCUAGAUAGAGUAUGUGCUAGGUGCAAAGAUAAGAAAAUCACUGUCUUAGACUUUAACAAACAUGAUGUGGGAACUUAUGAAAAGUGGAGUACUAAGAAGGUAGAAGUGAUGAUAAAAGGCGAAAAAAAGUUGUGUCAAAAAUCUGUUAAAGAGGCGAUAGAAUGUGAAAAACAAGACAUUAUUCAACAGUUAAAUCAGACACUUCCUAACUUUUUGGUGCACACGAAAAACAUAAAACACCAGUACCAUGCAAUAGACCAAAUAAAAAAAGUCUUGCCCUUAAUGAAGUAUUAA